AUGGCGUCGGACGGAAAGCAUUACGCUCAGCCAGGAUAUGGGCAGCCCUACCUGCCAGGUUACGGACAGCCGCAGUCAGGAUAUGGGCAGCCUUACCAGCCCGGUUACGGACAGCCGCAGUCAGGAUAUGGGCAGCCUUACCAGCCCGGUUGCGGACAGCCACAGCCAGGAUAUGGGCAGCCUUACCAGCCCGGUUACGUACAGCCACAGCCAGGAUAUGGGCAGCCUUACCAGCCCGAUUACGGGCAGCCGAAGCCAGGGUAUGGGCAGCCUUACCAGCCCGGUUACGGACAAGCAGCUUCUGGCAAUGCCCUACCUGUUGGUAGUACGCCGGUGCCGCCUGCCACCACUACACCGGCUGUACCUGCCCAGCCAUCGUACUUUGAUUACACAGCGCCGGCUAGUUACGCUGAGGUUCAGCAGUGGGAGGGCUCGCAUGAAUGGGCGACAAGCAUGUGCCAUGCGCCAUGUAGCGAGCCAUGUUUCUGUCUUGCCGCGUGUUUUUGCCCAUGUUGUUGUACUAUCAUGCAACGCAAGAAACUACUGCUCGGUGACUGGUCUCGUUACAUCUGCUGCGCUGGACUCUGUGGAAAUCUUAAUUGUUGCGCCGGCGAUUCCCUUGGGCCCUGUUGUAUGUGCUUGGAGGCUAGCUUAUUUCUUGGAUGUGCUGUACACGGCAACCGGUUCAUGGUACUUCAGCACUAUAAUCUUGAGAAUGAUUGUUGUGACACCGCUGUGAUGUGCCUUGCAUGUAUUCUGGGCGUGUUGGCUAUGAUAUUGCAUAAUGAUUCCGUAAAAAUGCUAGCGGACAUCGCCUUUUAUGCCACAAUUGGGUGUAUGCUGGCUCAACAUGAGCAUCAGAUGAAGAAGUUUGGCUAUCCAAGGGGACAGAACAUGGUGUAA